AUGUGCAUGCAUCCUCAUCUGCAUGGAUCGUCUGCAUAUAACUCUCCGGACACGGCAACGUCAUGGAAUGGCCCGCUCGGGGCCGCGUCAGAUCUCCCGCUGGAACCGCCGUGCGGUGGCGUGAACCGCGAUCGGCUAAGGAAUGAUGGGUUCGUGCUUGCCGGUGCUCGGGAGGCACAGUGGGCCCAGUGGGCCCUGAGUGGAGUCGCGUCGUGGAGACACUGA